UUCUCCGAAGGAGCUGCUCCGAUUCUUCCGCGACAUGGCGCUGAUGCGGCGGAUGGAAAUCGCCGCUGACUCUCUCUACAAGGCUAAGUUGAUCCGCGGGUUUUGUCAUCUGUACGAUGGCCAGGAGGCCGUGGCUGUGGGGAUGGAGGCCGCGAUUACGAAGAAGGACGCGAUUAUUACAGCUUAUCGCGACCACUGCACCUUCCUCGGUCGAGGAGGAACUCUCCUGGAGGUUUUCUCGCAGCUAAUGGGACGCCAGGCUGGGUGCUCGAGGGGUAAAGGUGGUUCUAUGCAUUUCUAUAAGAAGGACGCUGGAUUCUAUGGUGGCCAUGGUAUUGUCGGUGCUCAAGUACCUCUUGGAUGUGGAGUGGCGUUCGCGCAGAAGUAUUCCAAGGAUGAGACUGUUACUUUUGCUCUUUAUGGCGAUGGCGCGGCGAAUCAGGGUCAGUUGUUUGAGGCGCUCAAUAUCUCCGCGCUUUGGGAUCUGCCUGUCAUUCUCGUGUGCGAGAACAACCAUUACGGUAUGGGGACUGCUGAGUGGAGAGCAGCGAAGAGUCCAUCUUAUUAUAAACGUGGGGACUACGUUCCUGGAUUGAAAGUGGAUGGCAUGGAUGCUCUUGCUGUCAAACAGGCUUGCAAGUUUGCUAAGGAACAUGUUCUGAAGAAUGGACCAAUUAUUCUUGAGAUGGACACCUAUAGGUACCAUGGUCACUCCAUGUCUGAUCCUGGUAGCACAUACCGAACACGUGAUGAGAUCUCUGGUGUCCGACAGGAACGUGAUCCCAUUGAAAGAAUUAGAAAACUGGUAUUAUCUCAUGAUCUGGCCACAGAAAAGGAGCUAAAGGAUGUUGAGAAGGAAGUCAGAAGAGAAGUUGAUGAAGCUAUUGCUCAAGCUAAGGAAAAUCCAUUGCCAGAUCCUUCUGAACUCUUCACAAAUGUGUAUGUGAAGGGUUUUGGAACUGAGUCAUAUGGAGCAGAUAGGAAAGAAGUGAGAGCUGUGCUUCCAUGAUUUAUUAUUUAGAUGAAGUGUUAUGAGUAGCUCUGCUUGGGACCUCCAUUAACUCCCCCAAAACCCAGCAGAGGCAAGAAGAAUAAUCAAGAGGUUUGAUUGAAUUUCUAUUUUUCCUUCACUGCCAUCAAUUUGGUAAAUCCUUCGCUGAUUUUUGUGUAGAUUAGUGAAUAUAUUUUGUUUUCCCUGGCAUUAAUGGGAAAUGUUUCAGUGAUUUGGGCUUGAAAUAUUUAACCCUAGGUGGUGGUAUAUUCAUUUGUAACCGUGAAAUACGCCUCUUUUGCUCCCUAUGUGAACCUUCAUAAUAAUAAAAAGGGACUAUCUAAAGUUGGGAUUCCCUACUUAGUAA